AGUAAAAUUACAGAAACAUUUGAUAAUUAAUCAGAUUACGCCGCGUACGAACUGUUGACAAACAUUUGUUUAAUGGAGUUUCCAAUUAAGGUUUUAAUAACUGAACCUGAGCCUUUUGUCUCUCGCCACCACAAGCACACGACGUGUUUACUUGCGCCGGCGUAGGUUACUCCAACACAAACAAAAUUACUCUUUAGUCACAGACGUGUUCUAUCUUUGUGCGCGUUCUUUUGUUAUUUGUGAUCAGAAUAAACCGAGCUAUAAAUAAACAUAGUGCAUCAAGUGUUCGUGUGACUGAUGAUGAUGGUGUGGUAGUGGUGGUUGCGCGGUACCAGGACAGCAGAGGCAGCAUGGAGGGCGGGGCGCUGGACGCCGUGCUGGAGCGGCUGGGCGGCGGGCGGCACCAGGCGGCCACGCUCGCCAUGAUCUCGCUGGUCUACGCCACCAACUCCAUGUACAAUGUCAACUACGUGUUCGCCGUCGACAGCGAGGUGGGAUACAGAUGCAAGGUGCCCUCGUGUCCGCUGGACGGGAACCUCACGGGCCCGGUGACGGUGACCGACGGCGUGGUGAAGCAGUGCCAGCUGUACUCCCGGGGCGGCGGCUGCGGCGGCGGCUUCAACACCAGCCAGCUCGAGCCCUGUCUGGAGUGGGACUACGAUGUCAAAGAUAGCUUCAUAGCCGAGUUCGGGCUGGCGUGCGACGAGUGGAAGCAGUCUCUGGUGGGCACGGCGCACAACUUUGGCAGCAUGCUGGGCCUGCUGCUGCAGGGGCAGAUCUCCGACAGAUUUGGCCGCAAAAAGGCGGCGGUUUUUGCCGGUUCCAUGGGCGCCGUGCUGGGCCUCGUGAAGAGCUUCUCCACUUCGUUCCGGUUGUACGUGUUUUUGGAGACGUUGGAAGCUGCGAUAGGGGAUGCCUUAUCACCGAUAUUUAUGUUAAGUAUAGAAAUAGUACCGAAGAAGCACGCGAUCUUCACCCAGAUGAUCCUGCUUAACUGCUACACGGGCGGGCUGAUCCUGAUGGCGCUGGUGGCGUGGGCCGUGCCCUACUGGCGGCACUUCCUGCGCGCCAUCUACGCGCCCACGCUCGUCAUCCUCGUCUACUCCCUGUUCCUCGAGGAGAGCAUCCGCUGGCUCUUCAGCAAGGGCAAAAGGGAAAAGGCCAUCAAGCUGAUACAGAAAAUAGCUAAACGCAACAACGUAGAGAUCGACAAGAUGACGCUGAACAGGCUGGACUACAUCGACGCGGACGCGCCGGCGCGGGAGUACGACGACAAGAAGCUGCUGCUGAAGACGUUCCGGUCGCGCGUGAUGCUGCGGCGCUUCCUCGUGUGCCUCGUGUGGUGGUUCACCAUCACGCUCAUCAACUACGGCAUGAUGAUCAGCUCCGUGUUCAUCGACGGCAACAAGUACGUCAACUUCGCGCUGCUCAUGCUGAUGGACAUCCCCGCCAACGUGCUGUACUGGCUCAUCCUCGUCAAGUACAAGAGGAAGAUACCGCUGCUAACGUCGUUCCUCAUUGGAGGAAUGUUCUGCGUGACCCAGCCGUUCCUACCAAAAGGCUACGCGUGGCUGGGGCUGGCGCUGCUGAUGGCGUUCGAGAUGCUGGCGACGCUGUCGUACAACAUCGUGUACCUGUACACGUCGGAGCUGUUCCCCACCUACACGCGCAACUCCGUGCACUCCUUCUGCUCGUCCGUGGGCCGCGCCGGCGCUCUGCUCGCCCCGCAGGCGCCGCUGCUGAUGUCGUACUGGGCGGGGCUUCCUCCGCUGCUGUUCGGGCUGACGUCGCUGCUGUCGGGGCUGCUGACCCUCGGCAUGCCCGAGACCGCGCACACGGAGCUCCCCGACACCGUGGAGCAGGCUGAACUCAUCGGGAAGAAACCCACACCGGACAAACUCAUAGCACUCACUAGUGACGUGGAGAUGAAGAAUGGCACAAACGCUUUAAUGAACUAGACAAAGAUUGAAGCCAAAGAAAUAAUAGUAACGUAAGAACUAGAUUCUAUGCUAUUACGAAGAUGGUUAUAGUACUGCCAUGUAGGGUUUAUAGCCGGCAAGAAUGCCUUUUAGUUGUAAAUAUGAUGGCUGGCAAACCUCAAGUAACUCGCAUCUUCCUGUUAAAGUAAUUAUUAUGAAUCUGAAGGUGCACUUCGUUGUUGGAUGAAAGUAGUUAAUGGUUAAAUUACCAUUACUGUGCGACUAACAUGCGCACGCUGCAACUAUGUUUUAAUGGAAACUAUUCGCCGUCUGAACUUAAACGAUUUAUACGUAGCUAUAAAAUGUUAAAUAUGUUUUUCCGCAGCAUCUAUGAAAUUACCUCCAGGUAGGUAGUUAAAUGAAUAUUUGAAAUCGUGUAUUGGCAAACAGAUAAGCUAAUUGUCGUUUAUUCCCAGGCAGGUUGUACAUCCCGUUAGAUUGUUUAUCAAUUUACUAUCAUAUUGAUUAAAUAUAACCGGAUGUGUGUUUAAUUAUCUCACUUGUAUCGCAAUCUUCAGCCUGUUCGCCUUUAUGGCUUCUUUACAGCCUCCUUACACCGUGAAUUGCACUCUGAUCCGCAAGCCUAGCCACGUUUAAAACAGAUGAGAUGAAUAAUUGUUUGUGUAAACAUUUGAGGGGUAAAUACGGUUGAUUUGAGAAAGGUUUGUUUGUUUACCGUCCAUUAGUGGUCCGUGUCAGUCGCCGCUACACAAACACAAGCACGGGCCGAUGCCCGCAUGUGCACACACACAUACGCACAGACGUGUGCACACAGACACACCUGCGCCCGCGCACACCGACCUUGCACCUUUUACUACAACUAUUUAUACAAUUAAUUAUGUCGUAUAUAUCUCUUUAUUCGUAUCAAUCUCUGACUUGUAAAACAAAAAAGCGUUGUGAAUGUUUAAUUCCGUGUUUCAAUGUAGCCAUUGUAAAUUACCAUCCGAGCGUAUUCAAACUCUUUUUCAUUCAUUGCGUUGAUAAAGCUUCCGACAUUGUCAACUGCUCAUAAUAAUAUUUAUUUGAAUAAUGACUCGUUAUUAGUUUAAGGAAAAAUAUGUCGACUGUUUUAUUGUGGUAUGAUUAUGUUUAAAAAAUAUACUGAAUCGCGCUGUUUUGUGUUUGUCACUUCAUCUUUAAAGCGGAGGAAGAGCAGGUGCUCCGCAAGGCAACGACCUUAGACCUUACCAAUGUACCUCGUAACUUUUCUUCAUUGCGAAGUUCUAAGUUGUUGACCGCAUUACUUUCCCUUGAAUAAAGUUCUUAGUGUCUAAUAGUGGGUAAUGAAAUGACUAUUCAAAAGCUGUAGGUAGGAUCCAGCAAAAUCCCUUUACUUAAUGGAAAUAAAAAUAUCUAAUUAUAUGUGAG